AGGAGGCAUAACGCUCUAUCCUCCUCUAACCUGCUCCUGCAUGAACGAGCUGAAUGAGGUGAUGAUUGGCAGGUGUUCCUGUGAUUGAUAAGGGAGAGUGUAUACCUCCCCUCCCUUCUUAAGAACAUGGCCAGUUUUGCUCUUCUGGAUUUCCGGCCCCGGAUGUCUGUGACAUCAUUGAGAUUUAAACUCGGACGAUGGGGCGAACGCUUUUCUGUUUUCAGUCACACCACAAUACAGCGACGUUGUCAGCAUUUCAGGCCGUUGUCAACCCUGGAAACCGUGUUCGGCUCACUUAACGUUGUCAUCACAGCGCCCCGUUCUGAAGACACUCGGCAGCUGUGAAGGCGGUUAAAACAAUGGCCCUGAGUGUACCAUGAGGUUUGAGCUUAGGACAUCAAAUGAAACAUUGCGUUCAACUUUGACAACCAGUACGGUGGAGAAUGGGCAGCUUCCCGAUCCUGCCCACUGGGCUGUAGCCGAUGUUGUCAAUUAUUUUAAAGCUACUGGAUUUGAAGAGCAAGCCAAUGCUUUCCAAGACCAGGAAAUUGAUGGCAAAUCUCUAUUGUUAAUGACCCGUAACGAUGUUCUGACUGGACUCUCAAUAAAACUGGGGCCGGCAUUGAAGAUUUACGAGUACCACGUGAAGCCGCUUCAGACCCAACACUUAAAAAGCAAUGCCUCAUAGCACUCUGGACGAACAGAUGGGCCGAGCGUUGGACGACAAUCACGCCAUGGAACAGCAGGGUAACUGCAGACUGAAGACAAGGCCAUGUCCUUAUGUGCAUAUUAUGCAUCUUUGUAGGCAAAUACACAAAAAACUUUAAUGUGAAUUUCUUUCUCAUUCUAAAUUUGGUUGUACAGGUACAACAUUGUCUCUUUUUUGGUGUGUGUGUGUGAGAGAGGGGAUUUGUUGAACUUGUGUUAUGACUGUUUUUUUUUUUUUUUUAAUGACCCUUUGCAAACAUGUAAAUAUGUCAAAAUGUUUAGUUUGGUUUGCAAUUUUUAAAAAUUUUAAUGUAGAAUAUUGCGUGAAAGUCUUUGGCAGUAAGAAGAUAAACACUAUAGUGGAAAGUGUUGCUAGGUGUACCAUGAAUUUCAGAGGUUUUAUUGAGAAUGAACUUAUCGCAUUAUUGGUCUGUAUAUAAAAUGUGACUAAAGGAGUGAUGGAUCAAUUGUUUUGUUGGUGCUUGCUUCCUCUUCUCCUUAAAGCUAUUUAAGUCUUUAAUGGUUAUAAAUAAGUUACAGCACAAAUGAUCAUGAAAACUAAACAUGCUGCAGCUGUAUGUGUUUUUAUCAAAGAUUUAUUUAAAAUGUGCUCAAAUAAGGACUUUGAGGCAGUGUAACAGGUAGCUAGAGCCUGGGAUCUAAUUAAAACCAGGCUCCUUUUGUGUUUAACUGGGUUAUUUGCAUUAAAAGUCUAUUAGACUUAUGUAAUUACUUUCUGGUUAAUUUUGAAACGAGGAUCACAAAAUACUACUUUUUGAACAAGUAAUCUCUGACGACAGGCUGGUGGUGUUUCUGACGCCGGUGCUUAAGAAUUAAAGUUCAGUUUUACAAGGUGUCUUUUAGCAGUAUUUGUUCCUAAAUAUCCUGCAAUAGCGGAUUCACUGAAUGUCAAAUGUUUGCAAUAAACUGCUUGAAUAACAAAAUCACUGACUCAACCAUAAUCCCUGGUUACCAUUCCAGUACAGAGAUCACACCCCUAAUAACUAAUCAUUACAAUCUAUGUUCCAUGAUUGGAUGCCCAGAUUAUUUCUUGUAUGACUUUUUUUUCUUUGCUUGUUUUAAUAAUUAAUUACUGUGCUUUUUGUUUAAAAACACCAUAUUCAUUCGCAAUAAUACCACAUUAUAUAAGGAAUGAAAGGAAUCCAUUUUAUCUCUUUUCUCUUUCCAAAUACAUUUAUAUCUAAUUUUACAUAACUUCAAAUUAGUGUUCCAGAUAUUUCGAUGUAUUAAAAAAACAAAAAAAACACAACUUUAAAUUUGUUUAAUCACACCGAGCCCUGCACAACAUUGUGUAAUGAUGUAUAUGUAUACAUGAUCACCUUGUUCAAUUUAUUUAUUAAACCUCUUAUUUAUUAAA